UUGAUUUACAGAUCCAGAUGUUAAUUUUGACAGUUAGGAGAAAUGUAGAAUGGGUGAAACAAAAAUUAAUAAAUGAAAUUUUUAAUAAGAAUGUAUGAAAAAAAACUUCACGUAUAUAGAAAUAAUUGUGUCAACCUAUUGGAGAUAAAUAAUAGUGUGGGUUGUAAGGAACCGUAUUCCUGAACACGUCGACAAAAUGUUGCCCAAGCCGAGGUUAUACAUUGUAGACGUGCCAGCACCAUAAACUGUUGUGCUGAGUAGUGAGACGGUGCCUGUUUGUUUGUAGGAAAAAUGGCACUAGCUGAAUUAGAAGAGAUACUUUUUACAAAUAAUCAACAACAUUUAUUAAAUUUUUGGAGUGAUUUAAAUGAAGACGAGCAAAACUCACUUUUAACUCAGUUAAGAAGUAUAAAUUUUGAUCAAGUGAAUGAUGUAUUCUAUAGGGCACAAAGUUACAUGCAGGAAGGUAUUCAAAAGCUGGAUGAUUACAUGAAACCUGUACCACCAAAUCAAUUUGAAGUAGAAGUCAAGUUAGAUCCAAAAGUGUUAGAUGAAUAUUUUAUGCAAGGCUUAAAAGAAAUAUCCAAAGGACAUGUGGGAGUUAUUCUUUUGGCUGGAGGUCAAGGAUCCAGAUUGGGAGUUACUUAUCCUAAAGGUAUGUUCCCUCUCGACUUACCCUCAGGUAAGACAUUAUUUCAAAUACAAGCAGAAAGGAUAAGACGGAUACAAAAUGUAGCAGCAGAAAGAACAGGAAGAAAAGGUAAAAUAUCAUGGUUUAUAAUGACCAGUCAAGCAACCCAUGAAGCUACAGCUAACUAUUUAAAUAAACAUGGUUACUUUGGUUUGAAUAAGGAAGAUGUUAUCCUUUUCCAACAGGGUGUGUUGCCUAGUUUUGACUUUGAAGGAAAAAUUAUCCUAGAAGAAAAGUAUAAAAUAGCAUUGGCACCCGACGGUAAUGGUGGAAUAUAUAGAGCCUUAAAGAAAAACAAAGUUUUCGACAUAAUGAGGAAGAAAGGUAUAAAAUGUGUACAUGUGCACAGUGUGGAUAACAUUUUGGUGAGGGUUGCUGAUCCAAAUUUUAUAGGGUAUUGCGUGAAGAAAGGAGCAGAUUGUGGAGCAAAAGUAAUUUCAAAAGAAAAUCCUUAUGAAGCCCUUGGUGUUGUAUGUCAAGUUGAUGGAAAGUUUCAAGUGGUAGAGUACAGUGAAAUAACGGAUAAAACUGCAAAUCUUAGAAACGAUUCAGGAGAGUUAGUUUUCAGGGCGGGCAGUAUUUGCAAUCAUUUUUUUACUACGGAGUUUCUAGAAAAAGCUUCUAACCUCUAUGAGAAAAAACUGAAGCCUCAUGUAGCCAAGAAGAUAAUUUCGUUUGUGGAUAAGGACGGAAAUAAAAUCCACCCUAUAAAACCCAACGGUAUCAAGAUUGAAAAAUUUAUUUUUGAUGUUUUUGAAUUUUCCGAAAAUUUUGUUACGUGGGAAGUGCCUAGGACUACUGAAUUUAGUCCUCUUAAAAACUGUGAAAAUGUACAUAAAGAUUGUCCUUCAACGUGUCGACGGGAUCUACUAGAUUUACACAAACGGUACGUGAUAAAAGCUGGAGGUAUUGUGGAAUCCGCUGAAGUCGAGAUUUCACCACUGCUAUCUUAUGCCGGGGAAAACCUUACAGAAAAAGUGGAAGGAAAAACAUUCUCUAAACGAAAUGUACUUGUGUCAGAUGAAGAAACUAUUAGUAAUGGAAUAAAUGGUUCAUGAGUUCCGAUUUUAUUGUUAUCUAUUUGUAUAAACAGUUGUACUUAUAGCGGACAUCUUAAUUUAAAAUUUACAAAUAGGUGCUCAAAAUUUAAAAUUAUUUGUCAACUCAGGGAAUUUUGAAAUUAAAGUCUUCGCUAUAAUAUUUGUAAAUAGUUAUACACUAAAGGGACAAUGAUUGUUUUAAACAGUUAAAUUUU